AUGAAGGAAGUUAAAGCGGAUUCAGUAGGCAGGUGCAUUGAUUACAUUUACAUUGGAAAUGCUUCAAUUACUUUCCAGAAAAGUGAACAACUACUCCAUGUUGCAAAUAUCAUGCAAUUGCCAACAUUAUGCGAAGAAAUCGCAGAAUUUCUCAAAGCAAAUCUGGGUCCAAACUCAUUCUUUGUUAUUAAAAAAAUCGCAGUAAAGUUCAGCUUGAAGAAUUUAGAGGAAGCAUGUGAUAAAUAUGCUGUAAGUCAUCUUGGAUCCAUAGCAAAAGAAGAGGAAUUCAAUCAACUUGAUAAAGAAUAUGUCGAGCUUGUGAGUGAAAAAUCUAUCCAGUUGAGAAGUUUAUGCGAAGAUAUGAAAACCUCCUGUUACACAGCGGUAGUUUUAGAGGAUUUCGUUUAUGUUCUCCGGCCAGACAAGAAAGUUUAUCGUGUGAAUUUGUGGGGAGUAAAUUCAAGUUGGACUGAGAUGCCUAAUAUGAAUAAAGAUCAUGGAAGUAAUCUUAGAGCUGUAGUUCAUGCAAAUUUCAUUUAUGUUUAUGGAAAUUAUACAUUGGAGCGAUUCGGCAACCAUUGGCAGAACAUCGGUGGCCCUGACCAUUCACUACCCUGCUACGGCACGUUGGUGGCGUGCAGAGACGAUAUUUAUAUCAUUGGAUCUUACGUAAUUAAAUAUUCCCCUUCUAAAUGGUCCUCGCUACGUAUGAAAAGUAUGAAUGUUGCCAGAAAAAAUCCAGCUGCAACCGUGUAUAAUGGAAGAAUCUAUGUUGCGGGUGGAGGAGAUAAAAUCUCAAGUGCUGAGUUUUUUGACCCCGAUACUAAUACUUGGGCAAAUCUGGCUCCAAUGAGGAUUCCGAGAUGUAACUUCAGCCUUUGUGUUGUUGACAAAAUCUUAUUCGCAGUUGGGAAUAAUGGGACUUUGUCAGUUGAAAAAUAUGAUUUGGGGAGAAAACAGUGGAUAAUAGUGUCGAAUGUACCUUCUAUGUCGAUAGUACCUGCAGCUUGUAAUACAAUUCGAAUCCCGCUAUAUUAUUAA